GAAGACAUGCAGGUGGCUUCCAAGGACUGGGUCGCCCUCUCUGUCUACCUCUUCACCUUCCUGUUGGGCCUUCCUGCCAACCUUCUGGUCCUGUUUGUGUACGUGCGCAAGGCCCGCAAACGUGGCGCCACACCCAAUGUCGUCUAUGCCCUCAACCUUUGCCUCGCCAACCUGUUCCUCGUGGCCUGGCUGCCCGUCAAGGCUUUAGAGACUUUGCUUCAGGACUGGAGGCUGCCAGCACCCGUCUGCCCCAUCUACAGCCUCUUCCUCUUCUCCUCGCUUUACGGCAGCUGCCUGUUCAUCACAGCCGUUACAGUGGGACGCUACCUCAGCAUCGCAUUCCCAAUCGUGUACAAGAGAUACCGCCGUGCUCGGAUCUCUUGCUUCAUCAGCGCUGCCUUGUGGGCCUUGGUGCUCUUUCACCUAAGUCUUGCCCUGGUGGCUGAAAGAGGGGCUAACUUUGUCUCCAUUAAGGACGACACCUCAGCCUGCUAUGGCUACUUUAACACCACCCAACUAGCUGUUCUGCUGCCUCUACGACUGGAGAUGGCCAUCACCCUGUUUCUCUUGCCUCUCAUUGUGACAUCCUUUUGCACGCUGCGCUGCGUUACCCUGGUGUGGCACUCAAAUUUGCGCCCAAUGGGGAAGAAAAGAGUCCUGACUGUAGCUCUCUCAACACUGGCUGUGUUUGUGGUAUGUUACGCACCCUACAAUGCCUCGCACAUUGUGGGGUUUGUGUUGAAGGAAAAUGUUGAGUGGAGGACGUACGCCAUGCUAACGAGCUCCUGUAAUGUUUUCCUGGAGCCUGUGGUAAUGCUGAUGCUUUUGCCAGCAGUGUCGAGGGGACUUGUGGGAAGAAUCUGUGGACGGCAAAGCCAUUUCAGCCGGAUUGAAGGGUGUCGGCAUCGAUGUAACAGCACUAUCGGUGUUGCAAAUGUCAGGGUUCCUACAAUGACUGAGAAGAGCCAGGCUGGGGCGGAGGUGACGAAAGUAAGUCAGGAGUGAUGUCACAGAGGGUGGAGACUUCAGGGAUUCUGGGAAAAAUAAUGACAAAUCCAAAAGGGGAAACAGGCUAAAAACAUUAAUCCUCCUCUCAAAGGAAGCAGCAAGUGAUCCAGACAAUGUUCAUGUGUCUGUCAUUUUAAGGCAGAAUGACUUAAUCAAGGCUACAUCACAUCUGUCUUUAGGUUCCCUCU